CACAUCUGCACUACCAGCCCACACAGGGGAUGGCUAUCCACACACUGCAUCACUACCAACAGCAUCUCUUCACCAGUGGGUUGUGAGACAGCAGAGCUCCAGUGGAGAGAGUGUGUUAGCCUGAGUCUGAGCCCACGGCAGGAGUUCUACACUCACCCAAGUCCUGCCUUGUCCAGCCCAACCCAAUCAUUUUCUGACUUGCCAAGCCCAGCCAAGCCCUUCACAACCCAGCCAUGGAUGCCCUGUCCUCCCUGAGCUCCUCAACCUCCUGCUCUCACCUGUACCUAUGGGCCAGCAACACCACCAACAGCAGCAGUAUUAACAGCGAUGUGAUCCUGGAGCACUACAACCACACAGGGCGUCUGCAGUACCGCGUGCCCCGGCAUGGUGGUCUGAGCUUGGGAACGGUCCUCUCCCUCUUUAUCAGUGUCCUCAUUAUCCUGGAGAACCUCCUGGUCCUGGUGGCCGUGCUCUCCCGGAUUCACCACAGCCGCCGCUGGGUCUACGUGUGCAUCGCCAACAUCACCCUGAGCGACCUGCUGGCCGGGGCAGCCUAUGUGGUCAACAUCUGCAUGUCGGGCAGUCAGACGUUCAGGCUGAGCCCAGCUCUGUGGCUGUUCAGGGAGGGGGUGCUGUUUGUGGCCCUCGCUGCGUCUAUCUUUAGCCUGCUGCUGAUAGCUGUGGAGCGCUACGCCACCAUGAUGAAGCCGCUGCACCAGAAGUCGGCCAGGAAGACGUAUCGUAUCUACGGCCUGGUGGUGCUGUGCUGGAUCGUGGCCUUCGCCAUCGGCUUCCUCCCCCUGCUGGGCUGGAACUGUGUGUGCAGCCUGGAGACCUGCUCCACCCUGCUGCCGCUCUAUUCCAAGAGCUACAUCCUCUUCUCCCUGCUCAUCUUCUCCCUCAUCCUGCUGGCCAUUGGCGUGCUCUAUGGCGCCAUCUACUGCCACGUGCGCAGCAGCUCCAAGGUGGGCUCCCAGCGCAGCCGCAAGCGCUCCCUGGGGCUCCUGAAGACGGUCAUCUCCAUCGUGGGUGUGUUCAUCAUAUGCUGGGGGCCUCUGUUCACCCUGCUGCUGGUGGACUUCUUUUGUGUGUCGCGGCAGUGCGCACCGCUCUUCAGCUCCGACUGGGUCAUCGCCCUGGCCGUGAUCAACUCGGCCCUGAACCCGGUCAUCUACGCCCUGGGCAGCACAGAGCUGAGGAAGGCUAUUGCAGGCCUGUUGUGCUGCUGCUGCCUCAGGGCAGGCCUCUGUCAUCCUGACACCUUUGUGUCCAAGGAGAGCAGCAGCACUGGGAGCACCAGGCACAGCAGCCUGAGGAACAGUUUCAAUAAGGUCAGGAGUCUCAGUAUCAGCCCCCCGCCUGCACCCAAGGCCCCCAAGAAGAGCCGCCGCCUCAGCUCCACCACCACCUGCCUGUCUGUGUCGAGCGGUUAGACCACAACGGGCGUAGCUGUGUGUGUGUUUGAGAGACAUAGAGCGAGAGAGAGUGUGUGUGUGUGUGUGUGUGUGUA